GCGGUGUCUCCGCGUUGCUGGAUGGCAGCUGCCGAUUCGGCUCUGUGAUUUCAGUCGCUAGGUUUCUCCCUCUGCCUCUCCCCCUUUACCUGGGUGCCCUUAUUAAUAUUGCUCGUCGCAGUAGGCUGACUUGAGUUGAAUUUCCACAUUCCUGAGCCCCAGCCGAGUCCUUACCUGUCGAGCUACAACCUCUUUAAAGAUCCUGUCUUUGCAUAGCUGUGGGAUUUUUUUUUUUUUUUUAAUGAUCAAGAAUGCAUAAGAGGUCCUCCCAAAAUCGGAGCUUGAUUUGCAACAGCAGGGGCAACAAGAGCCAAGAGCGCUCCGGGGCUGGAGGGGACGGCGGAGCCCUUCGGGGGAGCUGGGGCAGCCACCCAUCAUAAAGCAAUUAACCGGGAGCUGCCGGCUCCUCCAGGACGUCUCCGAGCCAGAGCCCAAGAGCUGCCUUCCCCGAGGCACGAAGCAAGCCGCCCCAAAAUGCAGCGCUUAGCGGGUGGGGACCGCUCCGAGAGCUGGGCGUACGGACAGGGCUGGCCCGGGGAGAGAGGGUGCAUUGCAGUCCGGGCGACAUCCGUGUCUCUCCAUUGUCAUCCUCUCCUUUAAAAAAAAAAAAAAAAAAAAAAGAGGGAGAGAGAGAGGGAGAGAAAAAAAGUAGGCGGAUUGCAGUGACUGACUGCCCAAUGGCAGCCCCGAGUCUCAGGAGAGUUGCAGAGAGAGGGAGAGAGAGAGAGAGAGAGGCACUUUCUGCCAUCCAAAUCCCUUAAACCAUCCUCAUUCCAACACGAGAACCCACUGUAACAACUUCCAACCACUGAGACAUGACAGGCAGGAGCCCAGAGGCAGCAGCAGCAGCGAGAGCAGCAGCAGCAGCACAUACUCUGCACAGAGAGCAGCAUUAACACCAGGGGAAUACUAGACACAACAAUACAAACAAACAAACAAACAAACAGACAAAGCCCCCCCAAGCCCAAGGGACUGGAUUCCAACUCAGAUUCAAGCCACAGCUGACACCAAAAAGGGUGGGGAGUUACGACCAGGGGGGGCCAGAAAGGAAUAACCAAGGAAGCGAACUCCAAGAGUGUAAACGGGAUUCAGCCAUGAUCCUUUUUUCAUCUCGCAGUGUGUUACUCUCAGUGUAUUACCCUCAGAUUUUCCUCAUCCUUACCAGUGGGAGUUACCUAGCUUUGUCAUCUGUGGUGGCUUUAGGAGCUAAUAUCAUCUGCAACAAAAUCCCAGGCUUGGCCCCUCGGCAGCGAGCGAUCUGUCAGAGCCGCCCUGAUGCCAUCAUUGUGAUCGGAGAAGGGGCACAAAUGGGAAUCAAUGAGUGCCAGUAUCAGUUUCGGUAUGGGAGGUGGAACUGCUCUGCGCUGGGAGAGAAAACAGUCUUUGGACAAGAGCUUCGAGUAGGAAGCAGGGAAGCUGCGUUCACCUAUGCCAUUACUGCUGCCGGGGUUGCACACGCUGUCACAGCUGCCUGCAGCCAGGGCAACCUCAGCAAUUGUGGCUGUGACCGAGAGAAACAGGGCUACUACAACCAGGAGGAGGGCUGGAAGUGGGGAGGCUGCUCUGCGGAUAUCAGAUACGGCAUUGAGUUCUCCCGGAGGUUUGUUGAUGCCCGAGAAAUCAAAAAGAAUGCACGGAGGCUGAUGAACUUGCACAACAAUGAGGCUGGAAGAAAGGUGCUUGAAGAGAGAAUGAAAUUGGAGUGCAAGUGUCAUGGAGUUUCAGGUUCCUGCACAACCAAGACCUGCUGGACCACACUUCCUAAAUUCAGAGAGAUAGGAUAUAUUUUGAAAGAGAAAUACAAUGCUGCAGUGCAAGUGGAGGUGGUACGAGCCAGUAGACUAAGACAGCCAACUUUCCUGAAGAUUAAGCAGAUCAAGAGUUACCAGAAACCAAUGGAAACAGAUUUAGUGUAUAUCGAAAAGUCACCCAACUACUGUGAGGAAGAUGCUUCCACGGGGAGCGUUGGUACCCAGGGACGACUCUGUAACCGAACCUCUCCCAAUGCAGAUGGGUGUGACAUGAUGUGCUGUGGAAGAGGUUACAACACACACCAGUACACCAAGGUGUGGCAGUGUAAUUGCAAAUUCCACUGGUGCUGCUUUGUGAAGUGCAACACAUGUAGCGAGCGGACAGAGGUGUUCACCUGCAAAUAAUGGCAUAAUGUGCAAAUGAACAGAGCAAAUCACCACAAGUGAAGAUAGUGGAGUACAACGAAUGAUGACAGCAUCAUUUUGCACAUCUAAUGUUCUUUGGGAAAAAAAUAAACCAACACAACGACCAAUCUCUCCCCACAACUUACACCUCACAGAUGGUGCAUUUUGGCUGGCAGGCUGUUGUGACUGCUUUGGAAACAAGGGCAACAGGAUUAAGGUGAUGUUGACAACUACAUGACAACCUUUUCUCUCUCUCUUUUUUUUUUUUUUUUUUAAACAAACAAACAAACAACGUACAAUCUGUUGUAGAGUUCUCCUAGUAAGUGUUUUAAGUUAUACAUAUCAGAGAAGCUGAUUGCAUUACAGCUCCCAUGAAAUUUUAAAGAAAAAGACACAUUCUCAUAUUUUACGACAACAAAAGCACAAAGCCCUGUGCAAAUAAAGACAUUUUUUAGGAAAUGAAAUCUUCACUGACUAGAACAAAGCAGUCUUGCUGCAAAAAAAUUAAUUGCUAAGAAAGCAGGUAGAGAGAAAACUACAGCUGGUAGGGAGACAAAAUCUGUGGCGGAAGUACUCCACUAUUACAGCUUGAAAAAAUAAAGUUCACAAAAUUACAUCAGCUGCCAGUGACACUGGAACUCUUUGAAUGAACAUUAAAAUAAUUAUUUAUGUUUUUAAUAGUAUCAAAAUUUAUAAGCACUAACGGGUAGCUAUGUCUUAAUUCUGUACUAAAUGUAAACUGAUUGGAACUCUAACUUUAUGAUUUUUGUAUUUGGUUCUCCCUAAGUUCUUCAAUGCUACUGAUCUGUUGUCACUCCACUAAUAGAGAGUUUGAUUACUGUAGGCCUUAAGCAAUGACCAGAACUGAACAAAAAGAUCAUGUGAAGCUGUGGUUACAAAUGCUUGAUGAAGACUUUCCCCACUUGCCUCCUGAAUGACUCUUCUAGAUUCAGGCUUCAGGUGUGGAUCACCUACCCUCAGCUCCUUGUAGGGAGAUUCAGGAUACAAUGUCAUGCUCUGACAAAUAUUAAAGAUUUGCUUUGCAGUCAAAUGCACUGGCAAGAUCUUCCAAGCAUGACACUGCUUUUAAUGGUUAAAACAUAAUAUUAUCAAUAGUUUUUGAAAAAAAUAUCCUCAGCAUGAGCUGAGAAGUUAAUAAAAAUAUGGUAGCUGAACACUAGGUUGCUGCAACCUGUGAGCUGCCGUGGCUUCAUGACCAUAAGAAAGCCAAAAUUUGGGUUAGUCUGUGUCACCAUUAUUCUAAGGUUGGCCCAGUAAAUGCAUGAAUGUUAAGAAAGAAGUGGACUUUUAAUACCACCAUUCAAUUCUAAUUUACACACCUUCUCCCUAUGAGAGAUUUUUUAAAAAACCCUCAGACAUUUUACUACUGUAGAACCUAGUGGUUUAAACUCCAAGUGCCAGAUACUUCCAGGUACAAUACAGCAUAUUUAAUCACAUUAAUUUGCUUGCAUCAGGGAUCCUUAGCUGAAUUUCAGAAAAAUUGGAUUUAAAAUUUCCUAAUGUCUGUGUAUCUGCAUUUCUAGCUUUUGUUUCAUCCUGUUACCUUUUGUGAGGGGCUGCACAGCCAUGAGGCCUCCUCAUCCAACACGGAAGCACAUGCUACACCACAUUGUGCUCUUGGGGCAAGGGGCUGGUGGAGCUGCCAUGCCACCAGCUCCCAUGCUGAGUAUGUAGAUGAUCCAGGAUUACCUCCCAAAUUUGUGGUCCUGUGUUAUCUAAGGUAACCAGCCACUUGGGCACCUUGGUUUGAAUGCUCAUGAGGGCCUGCCUUUCUGACCACAAGCCUUUCUUACACUCUGAAAAUCAUACCCUUUUGAUGGGUGUUCCAAGGAUCAACGCAAACUCAAAUCACUCAUGCCUUUUUGUUGUUGCUACUGGUUUCUAAGUGACAACUAGAGUUUCAAACUCAGCCUUGGCAUAAAUGAAUGCAAUCCCACAGAAGUAAGCAGGGGUCCCCAAAAUGCUAGAGUCAAUUGAUAUAAUUUAAAGUUCCCUAGAUUUAUGGGUACUGUUGUUGAACAAUAGUGGUAUACUGUACUUUCACUACAUUCUUGACAGGAAGCAAAUAAAGCUCCCAAGCACAGUAAUGCACAGUCUUAUGGUACUAGAUACUGUAAAUAUAUUAGGAUAGUAUUUGUUAAGUACAAUUGAGGAAUCCAAUUAAGUUAUAUUAUUGUAUAUCGUUUAAAUGUCUAUAGAGUAUUUUAAAUUAUUGUGAACUACACUGCAUUAAGAAAUGAAAAAAGGUUAUAUAUUAUAACACCAUCCACUCUGAAAAGUGGACCAAAAUGACACUUUCUUUUUUUUUACACACCCCUAUUUCAUAGCUCUGUCAGCUAUUCAGAAUUGUAACAGUCUUACGAUUGGAUUAGCUGUCUAGAAUAUAGUGUUUCAGAACAUCCUAUAAAGCCUUGCUCAUGUGGGGGUGCAGCAUUCAGAAAAGUAGUGUAUGGCACAAAACAGGGGCUGACCACAGAAGUUCAUGGACUUUGAACUAUGUACCAAGAAAAAGUGGUUUUGGUCAGAAAACACCAUUACCACUAAUACACUGAAAUGUCAGAAAAAAAAAAAAAAAGAAAAAAGAAAAAAAAACUUUUCACAAAGGUGUUUAUGAACAGAAGUAGGUUACACACAACUUUUCUUUUAAAAAAUGUAGUUUGAUGUUAAAGAACUGUGACAAUAGGUGUUUGAACACAAAAAGCAUCACAACAUGGUUUAAGCGUACAUUAGCCAUGACAAAAUUCAAAAUACUGUAUGUUAUUAAAAAAUAUAAGAACAAAGAUCGAUUUGUUUACUAUGUGAAUGUUUUACGGCAAGCAGAAAAGAUGAGAAGUGUUUCCAUUAAAACUUACUUUUUUCCCCUUCUAGCCCACUUUUUUUUUUUGUUGUUCAUUAUUUAUUUAGAAAAAAAUGAAAAAAGACAAAGGCUCCUCUGGAUGAGAAAUGGCAUGCAGAUUCCAAGUUCUAAGCAGGUUUUAUGUUUGUGAGAAAUGGUAAUGAGCAGUCCUGUGUUUGAUAUUGAAGUCCAGAGUCAUCUAUCUACUUUAGUGGUAAAGUGAACUUUGUAGUAGCACCAGCCUUGAUAUUACCAGAGAUGUCCAUUGGCUCAAAUGAGACAGAGAUAAAUGUUUUCUGAUAGAAAUGUGUCUUCAGACUCCAAAAUGCUGCCCUUCCACAAACCCCAUGUUAUUGAUUAGUGAACAGAAGGAAACACAGGCAUAUAGGAGGUCUGAAGGCCAGCACUUGCAUGCACUCCAGCUUAUUUAAGCAAGUUAUGGACACAUCUGAAAACCUAGCUAAAUCAGGACCUAAAAGAUUUUACAGCAUUUACUUUGCUCAGAAUAGCAGCAACCUCCUUGCUAAUGGAAAUAGUGUAUUCCUAUAAGAAAUCUAAAGAAAAUGCACAACAUUUGUUAUAUUUGUCCGUUAGGAUAGAUAUCCAGCUAUAGAUAAGGGUAUAGCCAAAUUCCACAUGAACUAAGUUGAAAGUAACUUCAUUAAAUGACAGGAGUAUAAGUAUGCAUAGCAUUUACACACAGAUUCCAAAGAAAACACUACACGUUCUUUCGAAUUACAUCAUGAGAAACUUGUUAAUAGAGCUGCAAGAAGUUUUUAUAGCAAAUGGUAAUAUUGCAUUCAUUUCAACAAUGACAUCUGAAAAGUAGAAGAAGCUAACCAAAAGGUUUGUAAAUAUUUUAACAAAUCUAAAGCAUGGUGUGAAUAGGUCACUUAAAGUUUCCAGCAAUUAUUUCCAAGGAUUUAUUUGAUUAAGAUUUAAAAUCAAAAGUGAUAUUAAACAUAACAAAUUGAGACCUUCCCUUUUACCAACCUUCCCAUGUGAAUAACUUGAUAUGUAAUUAUGCCUUUCACUACUGAAGUCACUCUCAACGUUCAACAGAAAAUACUUUCUAUAAAGCUGGAGAUAAUUUGCAUUCAUAGAAAUUGUCAUAACUAGAUGAAACAACUGCACAUUUCCUUUCCAAUUGCUGGGACCUUUUGUUGCAGUGGCAGUUCCCAUAGCAAGGGCAGUAUAGUAAAUAGUACAGUAAAGUGUUAUUCUCCCAGAGUGACAGCCACAGUGAGACACAAAUAUACACAAACAAUUCUACAUCCAAGGGAAAACGUUGAGGUGGAAAGGCAGAAAAGGUUGCAAGUAAUUUCAGUUUGUGAUACUGAGACUGUAAGAAACCUCUUGCAUGGAAAACAAACUGCAUUGUAAGCUGAACAUGCAAUGUUCACAUACAAUACUUUUCCCCUCAAACCCAAAGUCCCUGUCUGCAUCUCUGCAAAUUCAGAAAAUUUUGUUGGAGAAAAACCAUUUGCAGAGAUUGCCAAUUAUUUCCCUUUCAUGUUUUAGCUGUUAUCAGGAAAUUGUAGGGGAUCAUUACCUGACAAAGAACAUACAAUUGUAAAUUUAAAAUUUGUAUCUAGUUUUUUUUUAAAUUAAGAUCUGUUUUUCUUUCCCCACCAAUUCCUCUGGUACAGAUAUAUGUAUGCCAAAAGAUUUGCCUGGUGGAGAAUAAAGAUGGCAGUUUUUACAUAAUAUAUACUUGUUGGUCAUAAUGUGUUCCACAGAGCGCUAAGGUAGAGGGUAUAAUACUGCUUUAAAUUUCAAACAUUUAUUUGUAUUGUUUUAACGGAUAACAGUACACUAAAUAUGAACUGUUUGGAGACCCAAGUGCAAUUCUAUUUUAUAGUAUGGUUCUUCUCAUAAUUUGGUACUAUGGAAGGCCAGGAAAAUGAGAAUAAUAAAGUUUACUUCGGUUUUGAGUCCUCCUUCCAGGUCCUCACAGCAAACAGACAAGAUCAAUAAGAAACCAGAUUUAUGAUUUUUAAAUUUGUGCCUAGGUAUUAAAAAGUAUUAAUAUAUUUGUUUCGUAGAUGAUUCCAAAUAAAUGUCGCUGAACUAGCCACUGGAAAUAUUUGUAUUGAAAGCCAGCUGUAUGAUUAGCCUCUAUCUUUAUUUGCCCCACAAUUUAGGGAAAAACAGCAUUUUAGACCCAUGCAGCUAAAAGGAAUUCCCAAGGAGAUUAUAAUAUUUUGAUUUUAUUGUUUAAUUCCUUUAACUGAGGGUGAAAACGAACAUUCCCUACUUCACUGAGCAAAGAGAAAAUUAAAAGCAUUUUGAGGACUACUCACACCACUCAUCUUAAAAGGCUGGCUAAGAGGGCUCACUGCCCUUCAGGGCUCCUUCCAGGAUGGUCAGGGGAUGUCUUGGUUCAGCCAUGGUCUCUGACCUUCUCCUCCUCCUCAGCUGGAAAAAAAUCAAGGAGAUGUGUCAGGGGGAUUUACCCAAUCAAAUAAAGCACCAAACAUUGUGCUGUGGGAAUAAAAUCCCAUGAGCUAUGCCCUUACAGAAAUGGUCUCAAACAAAAUUGUAAAAGCUGGACUAUUAUCCAAUGAUUUGAUGAGACAAUUGUUUGCAAUAUGUUUUAUUUAUUGUUUUGACUUCCUCUUAAAAUUUGUGCUGUGUGGAGAAAUUAAUCCAAGGGUUGAACAUUUAAUAACAUUUUGAUACUUGUGAAGGAUCCCAAGAAGUGUGCACUGCAAUGCUCCCCUAGUUAUUCCAUGAGAUCACAUCUACACUUCUAUUUCUGGGCUCAUCAGGCUAUGCCAAAAGGCUCUCACAGCAGCUGCAUCCUGAUUACUUGCAUGAGUUGCACUUUGCCAUUAAAGCUGAGUUCAGCCUACAUUUUGGUUUGUUAAAAAGGCAGUGAAAUUUAAUAGUCAAGUAUUUUCAAUAAUGCUAGCCAUCACAUGGCAUUCUCAUCUCAACACCUUUCUGAGGUAUUAUACAUUUUUAAGACAAAGAAAAAUAUACAUAGCAGUACUUAAAAAGGGUUUUCCUGCCCAGAGAGAAGAAAAAAGGCACUUCUCAAAAUGCAGUGUGUACACCAAAUAUAAAGUCUAAUAUGCACACACAUCAUGCAUGUAUUUCUGUACACACACAUACAAACAUACGUAAAUACAUAAAAAUACAUAAAUAUAUGAGCGUGUGCUUGAAAAAUACACACAGAAGAUAUUCAGCGCAAUUUAUGUAAGAUCAUUGCUAAUUUUGUCCCUUUCUAAGGGGAAUAGAUUCUGUCCCCUCACACUGAACUACAGAGCUACAGAUUUUGCACAUUUCCUUGCAGAUAUGCUGUAUCAUCAGCACCUGAUAAUGCUUCUUUUAUUUGUAGGUCUUUUUAUUUAUUUCUAUUUUUAAAGAAAAACAACAAAAAAGAAACCCAACAUUUCACAGCUGGAGAAAGUGCAGAUGUGUGAAAUCUCUCCCUCCUUCAUCUAUUCGGGAAGAGGAUGCAACAUAAUUUAGCUCUAAACUAUUUGCCAAAGGCUCCAGCAAAAAUCUAUAGUUAGGACUACUACUCAGAUGUCCUGGUUUUUGGACUGGAGCUCUAACUGCCAGCCAUACUUGCCAUGGUUACUGUAAUGUAUCAUUGGCUGUGAUGUACAUAUAUGUACAUUUUUAUUGGCAAGUACAUCACAACUCUUCUUCCUUAUCUCUCUCUUUAAAAGAUAAGCUACUUAGUAUUUGCCCCUGGCUGCUAUCAGCAGAUGUGUCAUGAUCUGCACUCACUUUGUACCCAUGUUAACCUUUUGAGCAGAUGCAGGCACUUUCAGUCAUAAAAUCAUCACCAGUACGCUCUUUUAGUAUAUUUACAGUAAUGAGUCAGACAAAUGCUUUCUCUUUUUAAAAGGUUGGAAGCAAUGCAGCAGGACAGGUUUGUCCACCCACCACAUUUUGUUCCAGCAACUCUGGCACAGAGCUGCAUCUGGGAUCAAAUAGUCUUAGGAAGCCAAUGUGCAAAGUUUGAACAGUAGGCUAAAGUAAAUAUAUAAUGGUGUGGGAAAAAAUCUCUUGUUUGUUAAUAUUAGGUGAUCUGUUGUUCAGGACAAGGAACUGGAGCGUUGUUGGAUUAUGUUCAGUUGUCUUAAUUUCACUGCAUAGGUUGCUUUCCUCUCUGUGUUGGUGUGUAUGUGCAUGCAUGAGGACUUAAGAAGCAUUUAAAUCAAUGCCUUAAUACAUUUUUCAUCUCAUAAACAGGAAAAUAAUGGGGCAGGGGGUGGGUGGGUGGGAAUUAGUAGAAACCUAAAUGAGAAAUACCUGGAGUUGGCUCGCAGCAACAUGGUAAGAAAAUAUGUGCUUUGGAAGGUUCAGCUGACUACCUAAUGCAAACCACUCCUGAAGGAAGGAGAAAGAAUGAGGAAGUCAGCUUGUGGUCAGCAGCUUCUCUGCCCGUGAUAUCCAGUACAUAAUUACUGCAGGGCUACAGUUCAGCCAGCUUUUGACAAAUGAACUACCAAGAGUUUUCUCUGCAUGUUUUCUAUUCAAGUGUGUUUAGUCAUAAAUACUUGGUUCCAAUGGCAUUUUCUUAGUCAAACAGAACCACUCCUAAGCAUUAAUAAUACUUCUUAUUCUUACUAUAAGCCUCUGAACAAGAUUCUUUUAUUCUGGUUGAAGGUCUCUUUACAGAAGUUGAGUACCCUGGACUUUCUCCACCCACGCUAAUUUAGACUAAUUAUACCCCUAGUACUCUUCAUCUCCAAACCCUUUGCAACAGACCAUACAUUCUGUGCUGAAAAGUUUCCAUGAAACACAUUCUGUGCUGUACAAUAAAAUUAUCAAAUUCAUUUUACGAAAGGAAAAAGCAAUACCAGAAGGCACAAUGUUAGAACACCAAAUUUCCCUGCUCCUUUACUCGUAGUCAGCUUCUCUUUCUUCAGAUUCAUAAAAUGGCAAUUCCUGAGUGCAUUCAACGCCCCCAGUAGCGCACUAGAGAUAUCACCAUUUUAGAGGUAUCAGUCACAAAGACCUGAAAGAGGAAGUAAUGAGCUAUAAACACUCCCUGGUAGUGCUGCUGUAUGAUGUGACUGUAUUUGCAAACAAUAUUAAAAUAAUAAGGUGUGGAAAAUGUUAAUUUUUAGUUAAUACACAUUUUUCAGGAUAUAUCACUUUUUAAAAUGAGGGGCAGUACUCAUCUUCAUUCAAUGCAUUUUUACAAGCAGAUAAUAGGAGGUCGUAUUCCACUUUGGUGAUGGUUUCCUGAAGUGUAAAUUAAGAUUUAAUCCCAGGUGCCCUUACAAGUGUCUGAACCCUUUUUAUAAUCUUUGACUCUGUAUGAGGAACUUAAAACACACAUGUAAAAUGCUCUUAGUGAAGUACCAACACUGGCAAUUUUUGUCUUCAGGUAUUCAUCUUCUAUUUUAAUCCCCACCCCUAAUUACUGACCAGCAAAGAGAACAAACAGAUUUUUUUUUUUUUUUAAACUAAUCAGCCAAAUGGAUACUUUUCCAAGAACCUCUGUUUGUUUUCCUUUAAAAACAGUACCAUCUGUCUUCUGUUUAAAACUUUUUGCAUUCAAGAGAUGCCUCUUCUCCCUAGAUGGGUUCACUUGAGCUUCUUUCUCCACUUCAGCUUUUUAGUUAGUUACACUCCCUCACAAUCUGAUGCCUGUUCAAAUGUCUCUACUCAAGCUGAGACAAAUCCAAAAAGUACUUGUAAAGGGUGUUGGCCACAGUCCUGAAAGCCUUUCUGCUGGCACUUCAGAGCAGUGAAGUGUUUGCCUGCUCCCAUCAUCUCCAACUGAAUGAGGAGGGAACUGAGUUUAUCCUUCAGCCACAGACAACUGCAAGGUAAGCCACAGAACUUAAAGGGGCAAUAAAUCAAAUCAUGCCCCGCUCAGUUCCUUGACCUGAAACUUGACAAAGGUGACAGUUAUCACCAAAUUCAGCUCCCGUUCAGUCGCCAGCAGAGCAAGACUAAGGAAUGCCAGGACCCUAAAUGAGAGGGUUUUCUAAGCCUUUCUAAACACCUCACCCUAAAUAUCCUUUUUCAAUUUUGAAAAUUUUGAAUCAAGUUUUGCUUAAAAGCUCUGUGUUCAUUUAAAUUCCCAUAUCAUACUUCCAUUCCGUAAUUUACCUAUCAAAGAAAGACCUCUAAAUGUGGGAAUUUAAAGAUUGGUCUCACAAUAAUACUGCAAACCACACACCCAACAGAAGCACCAGAAAUAAUAAUAGUAAUACAAACGUCAAUAAAGCUGUCACACAAAACUUAAAAAAUUGAAACUACUGAAAAGGUGGAGUCUGUGCAGAAAAAUAAUGUUGGCAUAGAUUAUACUUGGGAUGUAAUUGCAGCAGUUCUGAGGCCAGAAGGGCUGAACAAACUUACCUGAGCUGGAAAAACAAAAACAAAAAACAAAAACAAACAAACAAACAACAACAACAAAAAAA